AUGGACUUUCGAAAUUUGAAUCCCUUGAACGUUCAUGCCAACUAUCUCUCAGGCAAUCUGCUACCAUUGAAAUCGGGCGACUCGCGACUUUCGAUCGGAUGGAAACUGUACGGCGUCCUGAUGUGGCUGAUUCAAGUGAUGCAAAUAAGCGUGCUGAUCCCUGGUAUAGUUAUGGUGCCGUGGAAAAAGACUCUAAUGGACGGUACGACCACUGCUGUGGUCAUCAUCGAGGCGUUCUUCAUGGUUGGGCGAAUCUACACCCACAGGGAACUGGCGAAUCGACUGAUCCGAAAAUUGAACGACCUCUUGCGCGUCGAGGACGAGGCCAUGAGGAGCGUCGUGACGACGACCUUGAAGCCCAUGGAGAUUCCGCUCAAGUUUUAUUGGAUGGCGGGUGGUCUGUCCGUCCUUCUGUGGUGUUGCAUACCGUUUCUGCUGCUCCUGAAGAAAGUGUCCUUCCGUUACGAGGAUUAUAGGAUACCGGCGACCUUCUCUAAGCAGCCAUUUUCGACCGAGGUCUUCCUGCUGGGCAGCAUCUUCUUGCUGAUUAGUAAUAUGUAUAUUUUCCUGAAGAAGGGCGGAGUCGAUAUUUACAUGAUACAUAUGGUGAUGAUGAUAACGGCACAAUAUCGUUAUAUCGCCAAGAAGCUAGCCGCGAUAUUUCGAGAUGCAAAUCUGCGAAAUGAACUGGAAGAAUGGCUCCCCGAAGUAAAUCGAUGGGCCGAAAAAGAGAUAAGAGCGUUGUGUCGACAUCAUGUUGCUGUGUUACGUAUAUCUUCUAUACUAAAGAAAUUGCUGUCUUUGAGCUUCAGUAUGAUUUAUGUGAACAGCGUCUUACGAUUUUGUUUUAUCGGUGUUAUGUUCAGCGCAGCACUAACGACAACUUUUUUAGACGGUUUUCCAAUCGCCAUGUUUAUAUGUGGCUCCAUAGUACAGUUCUACAUCCUGUGCUCCAGUGUGCAACAGUUACAAGACGCGAGUAAAAACAUAACGGACGAAGCAUUCCACGAACAAUGGUAUCGAUUUGGACCGUCCGUAAAGCGUACUUUUAUGUUAAUGAUACAAGGUUGCAAUAUAGAGUGCAAAAUAUCGACCAACGAUAAAUUCAAUCUGUCUUUACCAUCGUUUAUGGCGAUCUUAAAUCAAUCGUACUCAAUCGCAAUUCUGCUCCUAUGA